AUGGAUAAGUUAAAUCCGUUUGGGGCGCUUCAGCGUUCAAUCGAAGCUUUGAAAACGAUAGAUUGCAGCGCGAAAGAAAAGUUAAUUCUUUUCGGACAGAUAAGCGAAACAAUCAUAAAUGUCCGCCCCGGAACUUCCGCGGCUAACUCACCCCAUUACUAUGGGCACAUCAGUAGUGCUGUUACGGUGUUAAUCAUGUUUUGUGAAGAAUCCGACUCCAGUGUUCGUAUGGGCGCCGAAGAAAAUUUGUCCCGCAUUGUGCGACAUUGCGAAUCUACGGGAAACAUUAUCCGCAUACAGCGGGACCUUUAUCACGAAAUCAAAAAGAAUGGAAAUGAACGUUCGUUGCGCACUGUGUUGUCCAUUUUCGCACAUUAUUGUGGAACAAUACGUCAGCGGAAGGCACGUACCUACGCCCAGAACCUGCUCCCUUGCAUAUAUGCCAUUUUCAAGCGCAGCGAACCAUUGUUGUUGGAAUGUUUGUGCAGCUUUACUGAGGUGUUUUGCGUGCAUCUCGAAGGGUACCUCACGGAUGGUGAAGUUUUAAAGAUGACGGAAUUGUUCCUGGUGGAUAUUGGAUCCGACUGUGUCACCAAACGUCGCUGUGCGGCAAAAAAUACGCUCUCUUUCGUACAGGGUUCCCGUAAUCCCGAUUUCUAUGCCAACAAUGCGUUCAAUCGUUGCAUCGAGCAGUUGUUGAAAUGUGGCCAGCCGCAACAACAAUCAAACACAGUCAUUGGUGUGAUGGGCUGCUUUCGGGCAAUUCUGCCGAUCGUGUUAAGGAAUUGUAGCGUAGAAAAAGCGAUCGAAACGUACGACCUCUGUUUGCAUUUCCUUCGCGAAGGAACGCACACCAUCAUAAACGCUACACUCGAAGUGCUGCUCGCAAUAUUAGUCAACGUCCAGCCAGCCGUUCGUAAGGUCCUGCUGUCGGAACAAUGUGAACAUAGGCGUAUGCUGCUGAAACGUAAAACGCUGAAGAACAGCAUCUUCAAAAUAAAUCCUAGCGAUAGCCUGCUAUCAUCGCGAAAGUCUAGUACGGAUGCACGAUCAGAUCAACUGUUGCGUCCUGGCUCCUUACCUCUGACAUCAACACCGACAAAAUUUUCGCUACCCGUAGACGAUCGGUCUUUGGCGUCUGCAUCGGACAUUGAACUCGAUUCGUUGAAAAGCAUGGAUCUCGAUACCGAAAGUCGAACUGUACCUCCUGCCCUGCAACUGGAAUGUGCUGGUGCAUUGGACACAACAAGCGGUGUUAAAAACUCACCCGUACCACCUGCACCUGACACAGUGUCUCUGAAAAGUCAAAAAUCCACUGACUCCAUCGGCUCUUUUAUAAACACACUGCUCUCAAGCUCGAAUGCUGCCGAAUCAGUAACCAAAUUUUUCAGAAAGUCUAUCGAUAAACCUUUUCCAGACGACGGAGAGGAAGACCGUUUGUCGAUGGAAUCGAUGGCCAGCAGUUACAUGUCGUCCAAUGCAGAAACGAUCCGAGCGGAAUUGGACGUGACAUUGGAAAUAGACCUGGAUACCGAGCCAGCCACUGUCGUCCCUACUGCUUCAAUUCCAACUCCAACACCUUCACGGGAGACGCUUGAAGUACCGCUAAGCACAUCAAUGCAAGUCGACGACAUUACGGAAAAUGUAAAGGAACUAUUUAUUGGUACCAUACACGAUCAGAACUUGUUGGAUUUCACUGUUCGGUUGAUAUGCUCCAGGUUCUUGCUAGCUGGUACUAGACACAUGCUGGUAGCCGAUUCAAUAGUACGUGUAUCUGUAAAGAGUUUGUCGAUGCAAAUUAUGGCUGCGUGUGUGAGGAUGAAACCUGAGUUACUUUGUCUACCACUCGAGAAGGAUGCAUUUCGAGAAGAGUUUGCUGUGGUGGAAAUUUUGAACCUCGAAUAUGCGAUAAAUGAACUCUCGCAAGAAGCGUCGCCAUGUGACGAUCAACUGGAUGGUGCUAGCGCUGUCACACCACAGCAAGAAGAGCCUGCCUCCGAGUUGCUAGAAAUGAAGGAAGAUCAUUUUGGAGAAUGUACCAGUGCAACGUACUUUGAAUAUUUUUCGCCGAUGUCACUCAGCCUGGACCAGGGUUUGAAAUCAAAAUUAAAAUCGAUUGAAGAAAAUUUCUCAAUCGAUAAUAAUGAAAAAUUAAGUCGCGAUUUGGACGCUAUCCUCUCGCAGUCGGAACCUGGACCCGGUGCUGCAAGCCUUACGGGUGCGUCACGCCGAAAAGAAUUGCUAGUGGUACCAAAGAUGAUAGCGUCACUCAAGAACGACCAUCGAAUUGGCGGACGGACCGGUAACGUUGAGGUACAGGAUGGAAAAACUACGAUCACAGCAAUGGCAGUUUCAAACCAUAAAGAACCAGAAGAUGAGGAACAACAAUUACUUGCCGAUGUAUUGCUGUUUUACGACAGUCCUGAUCCAACGUUGCGUGGAACUGUACAAUUGAUUGUGGGAAAUUUGUUAAGAGCCGCUAUCGACCACAAUGGAAACUACCGUAAAUUUUUACGUACAAAAAUACCAAAUGUAACCACACAAUCAUUUCUGUGUGAGCACAAACUUCUUCAGGUCGUAGUGCAGGGACUCUCGGAUGAAAUUCACACUGUUGCAAAUCAAGCACUUUCCUCCGUGGAACUUUUCCUUAACGUUUAUUUGAACAGCCUUUGCAUUGGUACUGGGGGCGUUAGCUUGAUCGAAAAUCGAACCACAACUUCAAACAUUCCGUUUCAGUCGUGCAAAAGGAACAUUUUCUUAGACGACUCUUUUAUAUUCAAUUCGGGAACGGAAUCAACGCUCCACAUGAAAACUCUACUCGAACAAGUUUUUCUUCUGUCGCACAACAAAUACUGGCUAGUACAGUGUAAGCUGCUGGACAUAAUAGUUCGGCUAGAUUUUGAUUGCAUCAAAGCACAUGGACUGCUAGGCGAUCAGAUGCGAGAAAAAGUAAGCGAUCUUCUUUUGAUCGGUUUGGGCGAUAGUGAUCAACGUGUCCGGAACCAUGCUGCCGAACGGUUGUUACAAUUUCUUCAGAGCACCCCGUUGGUUAAUACUGUUCGACAUAAACCAAUGUGCCACAAACAAUCUAUUGUUGGUGAUUUUAUAGACGAAUUCGUUUUUGGUACAUUUUCUUCACCAUUCGGUCCUCGAACUAAUGGAAAGAUUCGUGCAAAUUUACCAAAACCAGACAUGUCUACGGUGAGCCGUUUGAUGUAUAGAAUAAGCAAUUUGUUGCUAAAAAUUGGCGACAAAUAUCUUCAGUCUGGAAUAAUUCACUUCUUACGCAUAUUUUUGGAAAAUUAUGAAAUUUUUGAUUUUGUCAACUUGUGGAAUGAGUACAACAUGAUUAACGUGCUUCUGAACUUGCUGUUGGGAAUGAAUGGUACCGUUCUUGAUCUUGCUGUACACGGCGAACUACUUUGGAUAUGUUCGCAGAUGAUUGUUGCUGUAUUGUCGAACAGCCCUGCAAAUAGCACAACGGAUAGUGAAGCGAUGAAUAAAUUCAUCAUCCACUUGCUGAAGUUACUCAACAUUUAUCAUCUCGUGUACACAAACACUACACCGCUGGUAAUAAAUCGGGCCCAGAAAGCGGAUAUUUUUAUGAACACCAAAGAACUGCAACAAGUCAACUGCUUCGGAUAUUUUGGUAACGAUCAUGCGUACAUGAAGUUUUAUCAACAAGUUCGCUGUUCCAUGGAGAGCUACCGUAUAUCGAUCAAUGCCGAAUCCGGUCAAAAAUUGUUCGAUUGUUUACGAGCAUCGAUGGCGGCACUGUGGACGUUGUUAGAGAUGAAAUCUCUAUCCGCCAUGACGAACGGAUUAAAGUUUGUGGAAGAAGUGCUACGAUAUUUGCAAACAUUCAUCACACUUGAACCGGACCAUUGUGUACAGUGCACAAGAUAUCUGUUGAGGUUCAUUUUCCAUGUCAACUACGUCAACCGCUCCACAGAAGUGUCGUUCUUUCAUAAAGUUUCACUGUCGGAAGAUCCGAUAGAGGUAGUAACAUCGGAAGAAUUCUUUGGGAGAUAUUACGACUUUUGCAAAGCAAAAUCCAAACCUCUGACUCCGGAAAUCGGCGGAUUCGUCAAGCUCUUUGAGCCGUUGGUGAUAAACUGUUUAAAAAUGUUCACUAAAAUGCGAUCAACUGUGCAGGCGAAUAUUUUGCAGAUGCUAUGCCAACUCCUAGACUUCAACAUAAAUUAUCAGCUGCUGGACGCUAACAACGUGUUUGUGGAAUCUAUUUUCAAGCAUAUCGAAUCCAUCGAACGCGGUACUGUAGACGAUUCCGAUGUUGUGAUGCGUCAAGUUGUGAGAUUCCUGUUCCAGCUAAGCGGUCUAGUACGGGACAAACCGCUAGUGACGAUCCCCAAGAUUAUUAACUUGUGUGAUAACCUGUUGGCAAACCAUGUCAUUCGACGUACAGCCAUAGCUUCCGUACAAGCGCUUUCACAUGAAAUAUUUCUGCUUAGGCCUAGUCGCAAUAGCAUAGUACCCAAGGUACUCGAGGCAGCGGAAUGCAUUACACAAAAAGAGGUGGUGCUUAACAUGCUGAUGAAAUUUCCAGAUGAGCUGGACGCCUAUCGGAUUAUUCCAAUGAUAAUGUACAGCGAGCGUUUGCACGACGUUGACGGUACACACGUCGCCACUUGUGAAUCGGAUGUAUUGACCGCUCUACUGCAAGUGCUGGGAGAUGGAAAGCUUAUGAUAAAAUUCGAUGCAGAUUACUAUAUAGUGCUGCGCUUGUUUGAAUGUCUCAGCCUUAAUCAACUGCUAGAAAGCAAGGUGGUUCUACGUUUGGUAGAUAUUUUCUUCACCACAAGUACUAACGACUCAUGGAAAACACUUCAGAAGAUAACGUGUGCAGAAAUGAUCGUGCGGCAAGUUUUUCAACAAACGGAAGAAAUUUAUCUUUUGAAUCAUGUUGGAUUGUACCUCCGCAAGUCAAAUGUGAACACGGAUGAAGAAGCUGCACACGAGGAUGGAAAUGUUGCCAAUCGUCUUACCGAAGAUGACGUGCAAUUGGCAGCACAAAGUUUAGUGGGAAAAAUGGUACACUACCUUCGGGAAUGUUUAACCAUUUUAGAUGAUAUUAAUUUAACGUACAAUGCAAACCAAGAGGAUAUUCAAUUUACAUGCGAUUCCAUCCAGCGGUACAUUAGCGCACUGAGCACCAUGACUCGGUUUGUUGAAAUUAGCCGCGCGCUAGCCGAGCAGAUACCAUUGGAACUGAUACAUUGGUGUCGUUUACCUUUGGCAGUAGCACGUGCUUUAAGCGAAAUGUUGAUAAAGCAUGGAUUUGAUCUGGAGUUAAUGUUAUCGUUAAUUCGAAACGAUGAGUACAAUGUGAGAAAUGAUCGUCUAGUCACUACGUUGAUUGAAGUACUGCUGGAAUAUAAACCGAACGAAUCGAAAUGGGCGCGAAAAGAAGUACAUGCACUGCUUUCGACGGAAACUUCCCUACUUUCGGUACAUUUUCACCCUCUGCUGCUAUGCUACAUUACGGAUGAAGAAUAUUCAAAGGAAAUUGUAAAGAUGAUCAUUAUAACCUUGGAAGGAAAACUUUCCCCUAUUCAAUGUUCGUUGUUGGAAAAAGCAUCGCUUACAACGUUGCCGCUGAUGUGUAACCGAUUAACAGAUCUACUCGAUACGGUCAAUAUAGUGACAUCACGCAAUGCUGCUCUUAUCCUCGACCAAAAACUGAGUGCGCUGGUGCAAAUAGGUGCUGCCGGCCUUAAGGAUAGUGCUGUUCUCACCGUACUACCGGAAAGUGAUUUCCGUUACCUAUACUCGCGCUUUGGCACUGAACGCAACCGAAAGUUUCCGAAGCUUUUUAAAACGCUGUCUCAACUGAAACAAUAUUAUGAAGCAACUUCGGUGGAUGAAUGUAUGCCUUCGGUUCUACCAUCCAUCGAUACAAUGGCGUUAAAAGACUUAUCCAUUGACGUAGUUUGGUUUCAGCAGCAAGUUUCGUAUCACUGUACCGAGAUGUCUUACACGAAGCCUCGACACAUAGCUAAAAUGUUGCUGGAAAUUAAAUCCGAAAGCAAGCUCAUUAAUCUGCUCUCCAGUGGAUCGCUUAACGUGCGACUUUUGCGUGAUAUAAUUUCGGUAGCAUUCGAGAGCAUGUUUCACGCGUUCCGCACCGAUUGUGUGCAGUACAACCCUCAUCUCAACUACCUGAAAGUACACCCGAUGUUGAAGGUGGCAUUAAUUGUUUUGAUGCGCAGGCUGAACGAAACGAAACAUAAACCCCAGGAAGUAGCAGCAACGACGUACUGUGCCGAAUCUGUCAUAUGUUUCCUGGAGUAUCUCAAGAAGCUGGAGCAUAUUUGCCUGUUUUACAUCGAGGGCAAGUUCGUCGAUCGCUUUAUUAAGGAGCAACUGCUAAAGUCAAACUUUUUUGAAACACUCCUCACAUUCGGACAAGUUUGCGCGGAAUCUCUGGAACAAGAACCGGUGGAAAAUGUUACUCGCAUCGAGCUGUAUCUAAAAUGCAUCGGAAACAUCGUGCAUCAACGGUAUCUUUGGAAUGAAUUAAACCAGAACGAUCGGUAUCUUGAUGCGGUGGAUUAUUACAUCAAGGUCUUAUAUAAAUUAAUAGCAAGAUCGUUACUGGACGAUCAACUCUUAGGUCGUCGUCAGUUGCCGCCCGUGUUUCAAGACUUUCAAACCAACCAAAGCAGCUCAAUGGAAGUUUAUCUGAAAGCGAUUGUAAUAGCAGAAUAUGUAACGGAUUCUACCGGAAUGGCAGUUCAUCCCAGUAUGGGCAGUAACAUGAUUUCUUUAAUUGAAUCUAUUGCCAUACCAUUGCUAAAAUUGGACCGAUUUUAUCCUUACGCAUUGACACCGUACGAACUGUACGAAUGUUAUGAUUCAUUAGAUGCAUUAGAAAAUGGCCACCCAAAGCUACCGACUGUGCCAAUCGAGUAUUUGUAUGACGUUGAGCUGCUUGAAAUGUUUUUAAAGAGAGCAAACGUAUUCGGGUUUUCAUCACGUCAACAAUUUGAGGAACUGUUCAUGUCGCUGAUGGUGUUGCUGAAUCGCUCAGAAGAUCCAAUUUUUGUGAGUCUAGUGGAGCAACGGGAAAUCAAAAACAUGUGCUUGCAAACUGUAAUGUCGUUGCUACUAUCAUGCUAUCGAUAUCCACGGAUUGGUUUUAGCGAGGGAAAAUUCCAUCACACUACACGUAAUCCAAGAAUUAAAUGUGAGACCAUAGGGCUAAAGAAACUUCACAAUAUCCAGCUCUCCAUUCCAUUGAGCAACGUAUUUUAUCAGCCUAAUUUGGAACGUCAUUUACUGAUCACUGCUAUGGAUGAUCAGUAUGCCCUUGACGAUAGCUGUGUCGGCACGCUGCGGUUCGAUCACAAUCAACUUUCGUUAGAAUAUUUCUGGGAGAUAAUAGAACGUACUAGUGACCAGAGUGGAUAUAACGCACCGGCCUCUGAAUCGUUGGUCGUUUGUAAUAAGCGUUAUUUUGUAGAAAAAAUUAACAUCGAUACUACGAGUUCACAGCGAUUGAUUUAUGACGUGUUGAAGCAGUUGAUCGAGGAUGAUCCGGCACUGGUGCUACCACAUUUGGUGAGCUUCUGUGAAAUAGUAGAAAAUCGAGAGCAAAUCUUUUGGUUGAACCAGCUACUCCUAAAACUGCAAGAGCGCGUUCCGAUGGAAGAUACAAUUUCGCAACAGCACAUCAUCUACUUGUUAUGUCGAAUGGCGGCGCUUCUCAUUCCGACGAUGAGCGAUCUAACACAUCUGUGCACCAUCAUUCCGACGUACCUGAAGAGCACACAACUGUACGUUCGUAAUGCAACGUUGCAAGGAUUAAUCUGUUUGCUAGAAUGUCUCAUCAAAACGAACACUUCAAUUGGCACCAUGAAUGACGAACUUCUUUUGUUGCGCAACGUCAUAGUUAGCUACAUCGUAAAGCACGGUAUUAUAGAAGAAAGCUCCGGGGCUUUCAGUGAUCUUCAUACUAAGCUCGUGUGGACGUUAAAUUUCUAUCUAAUCGAGCACACAUCACGUUUCGUGUCAGACUGCAAUCUUUUAUCGAACAGCAUCAUCUCUGCCAACAAUAUUCUGAAAAGGACAACCAAUUUGGAAAUUUACCUGUGUAUCUUAAAUGGCUUGGAACGUUUGAUCAUUACCGAUCGUGUGUCGCGUGCGUUACACGAAAAAAUCGAAAAGCUUGCGAUCGAUCUCGUUAAAAUUGACAACGAAAUGUUUUCGCUGUCCGCGUUAAAACUGCUGGUCACUUGCAUCUACCGCAGUUGCAAUGAGCAACUGGAAAGCACCGAACGCUGCAACGGCAUUGUGCAGGACGAACCAGACAUUAUUGUGCAGCAGAUCGAUAAAAUAGAGAUACUUUUCGCUAAAAUACGCACCACCACGCCGCAGGGUGCGAAAGUGUUUGGUGACGUAUUGUGUCAACUGAUACGCGAUCUCCUUCCGCCGAACGAGAUUCUUACGAAGGUGUUCAAAGAGCUGAUGCUAAACCAACCGAAUCCAGACAUCAUUGCUGGCGUUACGUACCAGCUCUUCCGAUCCGCCAUCGAUGCAUCGUACUUGACGCUGUUACAGGAAUGGUUGCUCUGCUCGUUGCCGAAUUUUCUAUCCUUCCCGCAGGUGAACAAAUCCGUUUGGUGCUUAACGGUCAUAUUUCUUUCGGCAUCGCUAAACCAACAUCUAAUCAAACUGCUACCGGAAGUGCUCUCGCUGCCUUCGUAUCAACAGCUCAACGAAAGAGAAAUUAACAACUUUAUCAUCUCGGCGAAAGAUUUUUACUCCCGUCUCGAACAGAACGGUAGUCAAAAGGCGAAAUUCAAGGAAAUAUUCCGACAGCAUGAUUCCUUCAUAUUUCAAUGUCUUGUGCAGUGCUUGUAA